AUGGGUGAAGGAUUCCUAGCUCGUGAUGUAACAUUUGAGAAUACAGCCGGAGCCUCGGGUCAUCAAGCUGUGGCACUACGUGUUGGAUCCGAUUUAUCUGCGUUUUAUAGAUUUGUAUUCCAAUUAUGUGACAUCCUUGCCCGUCGUCCUAAUCCCAAGCAAGGAAACAUGGUCACUGCUCAAGGCCGAACCGAUCCUCAACAAAACACUGGCAUCGUUAUCCAAGGUUGCAAAAUAGCUGCAACUACUGACCUAGAACCGGUUAAAGCCAAUUUCAAAACGUAUCUGGGAAGGCCAUGGAAAAACUAUUCAAGAACAGUGAUCAUGCAAUCGUUCAUUAGUGACGUGAUAGAUCCUAAAGGAUGGUCCCCUUGGGAAGGAGAUUUCGCACUCAAUACUUUGUAUUAUCGAGAGUACCGUAACCGGGGGCCUGGGGCUGAUACGUCAAAGAGGGUAAAGUGGAAAGGUUGGGGUGUGAUGUGGACUGCGUUUGAUGCGAUGCCUUUCUCCGUUGGAAUCUUUAUCAAUGGUUGGUAUUGGUUGCCAUUCACUGGCUUCCCUUUCUGGCUUCUUUUGUAA